ACCAACCCUCGUACAUUACCUCCGUAUAAAAGAGGUUGACCUGGAGGGGACAGACAUUUCCAUUCGCUUGAUGCUUCUUAUAUAUUUGUAUGAUAUGACAUUUGUGCGCUAGAGAAGACAGAGCUUAUAUUUGAGUACCACGUGUCAGCCCGCAAGGAUGAAGAGUUUAUCAAAAGUGACAAUUAAAAAGGAACAUGAAUAUACACUUGACAUUGAGGCUGGCGAUAAGCCGCUAGGUGCAUGCAGGGGUAUAAUAAAUAUCAGGUUUCGAGGCAAUGGCAAAGAGGGUGACGAAGAAGAGUUUGCUGUAGCUCACUUUCCUGACAACUUUGAAAGAGGUUUUACUACUACAUUCGAUGUGGUUGAACCAAAGAUUGACGUGAUUGAUGAGAUCGAGAUCCGUGGUGGUACAAUGAUUGGUGAGAAAGGGUGGAAAAUUGACAGAAUUACAACAACUAACAAAAAAACAGGAGCAAAAUCGGUAUUUCCAGUAUUCACCAACAUAAAAUGUGAUCAAACUUACAAGAACAAACGAUGUAUCACUGCCACAAAAGAGUUCAAAUAAAGAGGAAAGAAAACGUGAACUCAAUGAGAUGCGAAAGCUCUAUGAACUGACAGGGGAAAGACUACAAGGCUGUCCUCCUCUCGUAAAACAACUUCCACUAAAUGAAGCAUUUUCGUUUGCAACGCAAGCAUUUGGAAUAGGCGGAAAAUUACUCUCACUAAAAGCAGUAGCAAAAUGGGAUGAACUUACAUCUGGGCAGUUUGAAUCAUUUGAAGAUAUGGAGAAAGUAUUUGGAACGGUUUUCCCGAAACCAUCAAACUUACGAAGAUGGAAAGACGAUAAAUUAUUUGGAAUGCAGCGUCUGAUGGGUGUAAAUCCUGACGUUAUUCACCUCUGCACGAAGAUUCCCUCAAAACUUCCCGUCAACAAUGAAAUGCUGAAGCCUUUUCUAGAAAUGAGUUUGGAGGAUGCCUUAACAAAGAAUCGUAUCUUCAUAAUAGAUUAUGAGAUAAUGGAUGGUUUACCAAUAAAGUCGGGCUUUACCAUGACCAGUCCCAUUGCGCUUUUUUAUCAACAAAAUGAUGGUACUCUUAAACCGAUCGCUAUCCAACUAUUUCAGAAGCCAGGUGUCGAUAACCCUGUGUUUCUGCCGAGUGAUCCUGAAUAUACAUGGGUUCUAGCUAAGAUGUGGUUCAACGUCGCAGAUGACCAACUAUCAACGAAUCCCGGAAAAAUAAAAGCUUGGCGAUUGGAUGUUGACGGUACACUGCCGAAUGACAUAAAAGAACGCGGUUUAGAUGGCUCUUCUUGUUUGCCCGAUUUUUACUACCGAGACGAUGCGAUGGAGAUUUACAACGCAAUUUUAAAAUAUGUACAGAAAUACAUUAAUCUUUACUACGCCUCGGAUAAGGAAGUUCUGAAUGACGAAGAGCUUCAGCAAUGGAGGAAGGAAAUGGUUGCUCCAGUUGAUGAACAAGGUCUUGGUAUGCUCGUGUAUUUGGAAAAGAUGACAAAUUUACUGAGAAAAAAUCAAUAUGAGGAAUACGCCUUCCCACCAAAUUUCGAUAACCUUACGGGAAUUCCACCAAAAACAAAAGACAAACUGAAAGAGGAGAAUCUUAAUGCAACAUCUUCCACAAAAAGUAACAACGUACGACACACGCUGGUUAUAACAGACACACUGAGCACUGACAACACGCAUGCGCUAGGGAACUUUGAAGUUCAGUAUAUAACUGAUGUCAAAGCGCUUAAGAUUCUUGAUGAGUUCAAAGCAGACCUUGCAAAAAUAGCGCAAGUAAACAAAGAGAAAAACAAUAAGGACAGAAAAAUUGAAAAGUACUGGGCUCUUAAUCCAAAGCGUGUCCCAAAUUCUAUUGCUAUUUAG